CAAUAUGCUAAGCUUUAUUUUAACCAAAAUGAGGCUCUAUACAUUUAUCUGCUCACACUCUUCUGAAUUAGACUUUACAGACACACCUCCCAGUCUACAACAGCGCUGGUGUUAAAUUUCACUUCCCUCUGCACCCUUUUUGUCUUCCUCUUGCUUUCACUCUUGCACGUUGGUAUGAAUUAUAUUCUGAGGAACUUCCUCUCUCUGUGUACUUAUCUGUUAGCACAAAAACCACACGGUACAUGUUUAUAUUUGUGCUUCUACUUUCCUGGAGUGACGACAGCUUUUAAACACCUCACUGUUAAGAGCAGCUGUGUGGGUGCGAUGGCAGAACCACGGAGACACACUGAAGACCCUUUGUUUCCAGGUGAAUUUCUCACCUCUUCCAGUUUAACCACUAAGGAGCUGCAGCAGAACUUGAGGGCGGAGAAGCAGAGGGAGCGACCCGUCAGGGUGCUGUUUGAAAUCCCAUCGACUCGUAUCAUUGAACAGGCUCUGUCCAAAUACGUGGUAUAUGAGGUCGUGGUGAUGCGCUCUGGCAGCUUCGACUCUCGCCGCGUGUCCGUGGAGCGCCGCUACAGCGACUUUUCCCGCUUUCACCACGCACUGCUGAGGGAGUUCAACGAGGAGCUGGAGGAGGUGGUGCUUCCCCGCAAACUCCUGACCGGAAACUUCUCCCCUGAAAUCAUCUCAGAGCGGCGCCUGGGUCUCCAGGACUACCUGGCUAAACUUUACGAAACACGUUGCGUCCGACAUUCACCUCUUUUCCCCAAAUUCUUCACGGAGCAGGAGCAGAAGAAAGCGCACAGUUUGCUGCGAGCGGGACAGUUCAGACUGGCUCUGGAGCAGCUGCAGACGAUUCUGGGGAUUCAGGAGAAGCUGGUGCCGUGGCAGAAACCCACCCUGCUUGUACCGACGCUCGCUGCCCUCGCCGUUUGUUACCGGGACCUGGAGGAACCUGAACAAGCGUUUACGUCUGCUCAGAGGGCUCUGCCUCCGGUGAGACGAUACGGACUGAAGAACUACAGAGCCUCGCUGCUGGACCUGCUGGUGGAUUUAGGAUACCAGCUGGGCCAGCCGGUGGCUCAGUUACAGGAAGAGCUGACUGCGCUGAGAGACGCCGAGAGGGGAGAGGUGUCCUCCCGCUCGCUGAAAGAGUUAGUGGUGAAGGAGUUCAUCUGAGGACAAAACUCCAAACUAUUCUGGAGCUCAAUCAUCAGAGUUACUGACUGAUUCUGUAGCUUUUUGCACAAGAACUCCUCACUUAUAACAGCCAUGUUAUACAAUCAAUCAAUCCAUCAAUCAGUUUUUAUUUAUAUAGCGCCAAAUCACAACAAAAGUCAUCUCAGGGCACU